AUGAAGUUUACGCUAUCAUUAGUAAUUUUACAAGUUUGCUGCUGCUUAGCAGAACUAAGAGUCGGAGGUAAUAAUCACCAGAAAAUAAAUUAUAGAAGAAUACGUGCUUCAGAAUCAACCGAUUUAGACAGACUAUGUAAUUACACUGCCACGACGAAACCUGACUUUUCUUCACCUGGCAGAAGAAUAAGUGAAGUGAGUGCCCAAUGGUGGAAAGAUCAUCCGGGUACCGUCUAUGUCCCCUUUGCUGUAGGCGGGCGUUCAACGGAAAUUGGAGAAUUUCCACAUAUGGGUGCAAUCGGAUGGAAAGCAGCUGUUGGAACCUGGAUUUUUAAGUGUGGCAGCACCCUAAUUAGCUCGAAAUUCCUCUUGACAGCAGCCCAUUGUUCCAGGGUCUCUUCUCGUGAUGCCAGUGUCGCCAAUCCGGUCCCAGAGAUCGUUAGACUUGGUGAUAAAAAUAUCAUUGAUGUGUUCUCUAACAAUGUAUAUCCGUUGGAUUUCAAUAUCGAAAGAAUAAUAAAGCACCCAAACUUCGAUCCACCCAAAAAAUAUUUUGAUAUUGCAAUAAUAGAAUUAGUCUAUGAAGUAUCGUUCACCAGACUUGUUCAACCAGCGUGUCUUUGGACUAAAUUUAAUACGCAAGAGCUGGGACGAAAAGCCACUCUUACUGGCUGGGGCAUUGUUGAAUCAGCUGGAAGAGCAACAUCUCCAGAACUGCAAGCAGCAGAUGUAGAUGUUAUAAAUUCUAAUCAGUGCGAUAAUUACUUAAAACCAUAUCACAAUAGACAAUGGUUUGGUGUUGAAUCUCAUCAGCUAUGUGCGGGUAAAUUAGCUGGAGGAGUAGAUGCUUGUCAGGGUGACUCUGGCGGACCGUUACAAGUGAAAAUCCCCUUGCCAAUAAAGACAGAAGGAUCCAUGCACUACGUCAUAGGCGUGACGUCUUUUGGAAUAGGGUGUGCUUUGCCCAAUCAUCCUGGCAUAUACACGAGAGUUUCCAGCUUUAUAAAUUGGAUCGAAUCUGUAGUGUGGCCAGGAUUGUAG